GCGGGAUCUGGAACAGGAAACAGCUUUAUGAGCUAAUCUCCUAACGCUAGCUUUCUGACUAGCUCUGUUAGCCAACUUCUUUUAUUCAGUAUUAAUAAGUUCUCAAAUUAAUAAAGUGUCUUAAAUUAAGUCCAGAAUGGAGUGUGAAGCCGGACAGGAUGUAAAAUCAGAUCAUGAUGGUGCUGAAACUGUAAAAUUUACACCACAAAGAGGCAGAACUUCACUCGCACCGAGGAAAAGGACGCUGCAUCCAGGAUGUCAGAAAGUCCGGUCCAGUUUUAAAUCUCCUGUUCAGGUUUCCAGCAUGCUGAAUAACAGAGUGUGUGUCAAAGAGGAGAUCAGAGAGCUACAGAACACACUGCAGCAGCUGGAGUCCGACAUCACACUGUUAGAGAGCGAAGGUGUGUGUGUGCACGAGCUCGAUCGCCACAUUACCCUGCUGCACGAAUACAACGACAUCAAGGACAUCGCACAGACUCUUCUAGGCAGACUGGCCAGCCUGCGCAAUGUCACCACACGCGACUUGUACGCACAGUUUGGCAUGGAGCAGGACGACUGAUCGGCUGAGCUGCUCUGUAGGAGGGACGGACCGCCACGGUACCACUGACAGAGAAGACGUCUCAUUCUCACUCAGUUACUCCACCAGCAAAGCUUCUUAACGUGUGACGGUGGCGUGGUGAAGCUGAGUCACUGAUGCACCCUGAGGUUCACUGGUUUAUAUUCAAUAACAGCAUGUCCAAGUGUUACAGCUUUAACCCUGACUGAUACAAAGCACUGAUACUGGAGACUCCUUCCAUAAACGUUCAUUUUAAAUAAAGAGUCUUAGUGGAGUAUCUGCUGGACACCCCUCUGUGAAUGAGCUGUUACUGUAGAAAUGAUAAUGUAUUAGAUCCGGUGCAUUAUUGUAAAUAAACCUGCACUACUGUUAGAGCUGCUGUUCUAGAAAACUAAUCAACACCAAUCACAAUCCAGACUGUUAAAGGGAUUCAGACCGUCUGUAAAUGCCGAGUUGUUAUUGUUCAUCUCUUUUGUGUGUGUGUGAGAGAGAAUGUGAAAAAGUCUCUUAAAACUGUUAAACACUUUAUCAGUAAAAUUGGAGAUGGCUGUUA